CGCUCUGAUUGGUCAGUUCGUGAAGCCGGAAAUAAAACAUCUAUGGUCCCUCUUCAUCAGCCUGUGUUGAUGUUCUGGUAGCUGUGUGUGCAGCUUUUUAACACUAAUACCUAGACGUUUUCACAAAGGAGGGAAGACCUAGCAGCUGCCAACAUGUCGAGCAAAAAGGCCAAGGGGAAGAACACCAAGAAGCGUCCUCAGCGCGCCACCUCCAAUGUGUUCGCCAUGUUUGAUCAGUCUCAGAUCCAGGAGUUCAAGGAGGCUUUCAACAUGAUCGACCAAAACAGGGACGGCUUUAUUGACAAGGAAGACCUUCACGACAUGCUGGCCUCAUUAGGUAAGAACCCCACAGAUGAGUACCUGGAGGCCAUGAUGAACGAAGCGCCAGGCCCGAUCAACUUUACGAUGUUUCUGACCAUGUUCGGAGAGAAGCUGAACGGCACGGAUCCCGAAGAUGUGAUCCGUAACGCUUUCGCCUGCUUCGACGAGGAAGGCACAGGUAUGAUCCAGGAGGAGUAUCUGCGGGAGCUGCUCACUACAAUGGGCGACAGGUUCACGGAUGAGGACGUGGACGAGCUCUUCCGCGAGGCGCCCAUUGACAAGAAAGGCAACUUCAACUAUGUAGCAUUCACGCGUAUCCUAAAACACGGUGCAAAGGACAAGGAUGAUUAGGGGCAGCACUGGACGAGGUUUUAUCUGUACUUCAUGUUUUAAGUUAGGUCAGCUGUAUCUUGUUACUUGGCUCACGAAAAGGCUUCACUGUGGUAUAGCUAUACUGAAGGUCAUUCCUUUAAGCUGCUUUUUUGAACCUCUGGGUGACACCCCUCCACUACUACUAUUAAAGCUCAUUUGCACAUCUGUGACAUCACUAAAGGGUCAAUAUAAGCUAGUAAAGAUGUAUGAAAAGACCCUCAUGGAUAAAGCUGGAAAUUAACUGACACAAGAUGUUUGUUACGUAUUUUGUAGGAUAUUUAAUGAUUGAGAUUAAAUUGUGUUCCGAGAUGAAUCACAGAUGCUGUUAAGUCUUAAAUGUUUAUUUUAAAACAAAGGAAUAUGGACGGGAUGUUCUACAGAUACAUCAUCAAACGCUAGAUGUGACAAUUGUGGUUUGUUGAUGAAUCUUCAUGCAGAAUCCAUGUGCUAUAUAAUGAAAAGUAUGUGGAGAGCAUUGUUUCUUGGGUUAUUUUAUUGGUAUGAAAUAGGGCUGUAUUUAUUUUAUCAACUUAUCUUUUAGUUUGUGACAUACAGUAUAUCAUUGUUGAUUCUCAAACCAUAUUUAGUUGAAGAUCGGAUAUGAAGAAAACCUGACAUUAGACACUUUGUUUACAAUCAAAUUUGAUUAUUUUGACUUGUUGUCUUAAUUCCUGUUUCAACAACACGUGUGCACAGUGACAUCAUUAAAGAAAUGUUCCCAGUU